AUGACCGAAGGAAACAUAGCAAGCUGGAAGGUUAAAGAGGGCGACUCCUUCUCAGCUGGCGACGUGCUGUUGGAAGUUGAGACAGACAAGGCACAGAUGGACGUCGAGGCUCAAGAUGACGGCAUUAUGGCUAAGAUUACACAAGGCGACGGAUCCAAGGGAGUCAAGGUUGGAGUCCGCAUAGCGGUCCUGGCGGACCCCGGCGACGACAUAAGUAGCCUCGAGAUACCUCCGGAAGAAGACAGCGCACCGAAAGCUGCAGGUAGCAAGGAAGCCUCGGAAGGCGAAGCACGGCGAAAAGACCGCCCAUCCCCUCAGGAAGAGAUGGCUUCCGGUCUCGACCCUACAGAGAGCUCUCCGUCAAGCGCAGAAGGUCCUCCAUCCUCCAAGCCAAACGCAGACGCCAGUGCUGGUGGAGCAGCGGACACAGCCGGGAAAGGCAAAGACAGCGCAGAUACGAGCAAGGCCAGCAGCGGAGGAAAGCCUCAGAAGCAGAAGUACCCGCUCUACCCCGCCGUACAACAUCUCAUCCACGAGAACGGCCUUUCCAUGGAAGACGCCGACAAGAUUCCUGCCACGGGUCCAAACGGUCGUCUCCUGAAAGGAGAUGUACUCGCCUACCUCGGCCGGAUCGAGAAGUCAUAUUCGGCAGAACAGUCGAAGCGAAUAGCGAAGAUGGGCCACCUCGACCUCAGUAACAUCAAGAUAGCCGAGCCAAAGAAGAAAGAGCCGGAGAAGGCCAAACCUGCUGCGACUGAAGCGGCCCUUCCCAUCGUAGAACCGGACCUUGAGAUUGCUAUGCCCAUCUCGCUCAGAGCCGUGCUCGAGUGCCAGAAGCGCGUAAAAGACUCAAUAGGCGUCUUCUUACCUCUGUCGACCUUCAUCGCACGUGCGUCGGAGUUGGCGAAUGACAAUUUACCGCGGUCAAAGGCCUCCAAACCAACCGCAGACGAGCUAUUCAACGCCGUACUCGGCCUGGACAAGGUUGCGAAGACUUCAAGAGGGCGCUUCAUCCCGCUAGUAACCGCUCUACCACCCACGCCGAUAGCGGGAAGGGCCAAAAUGGCGAGAAAUACGCCAGACAUCUUCGAUAUUCUGUCCGGCAAGGCUAUACCGGCACGGCCGGUGAAAGCCAGAACUGCGGCUCCGGCUUUGGCUGGAGUGGUACCUUCAGCCGAUUUAGCCACGAUUAAUGUGCUUACUGUUAUGGCACCGAAAGGAGACGAGAGGAGGGCAAGAGUUUUCUUGGAACGGGUAAAAGACAUUCUUGAAGUGGAGCCGGGACGACUUGUUAUCGAAAAUGCCAUCAACAUCGCCUGGAAUCCUGCAGCAGACCCAAACCUCAAGCAGCAAGCUUUCGAAUACCUGAACCAGCUUCGUGCUGAACCACUCGCCGUGUGGCAGUCAUGCUUCUCGCUAUUCACCCGCGCCCCUCGGCUCUCCGAGAUCGUCCGCCACUUCUCUCUCGAGAUCGUCAAUAAUGCCGUCCAGUCGCGGCGGCUCGACGCGCAAAGCUUGGGCUACAUCAAAGACGGGCUCAUGAGCUACAUAAGAGAUACCUACGCCGGAGCAUCAGGACGAGAUGCCGUUGACACCGCGCAUAUCCAGAACAAGCUCACGCAGACCGUGACAUACCUCUUCACGUCGCUCUAUGCGUCAGGCUGGGAAACGUUCUUCGACGACUUCAGGGCUCUCGCUAGGGAUCACGCUACCAUAGGCAGAAGCAACGUUCCUGCAACCGUCUUAUACCUGCGCAUACUGGGCUCUAUCCACGACGAAAUAGCCGAUGUGCUCAUGGCUCGAACGAGCGAGGAGCAGAGACGCAACACAGAACUGAGAGAUCUUGUCCGCACACGAGACGCUCAAAAGAUCUCGUUGUCCUGGCAAGAGAUACUUGCACAAUGGCGGCAGACGGACUUGAACGUUGUUGAGAUGUGCCUCAGAACUAUCAGCCGAUGGGUCAGCUGGAUAGACAUCUCACUUGUUGUUAAUCAGGCGAUGCUCAACUCACUAUUCGAGAUCGCCGGACAGCCCGGUGCGCCGUCUUCAGGAAGCCCCGAAGGCAAAGUUCGGGACGCGGCAAUUGAUACUUUCACGGAAAUAGUCGGCAAGAAAAUGAGGGCAACUGACAAGAUACAGCUGAUGGAUUUCCUGAAUCUGGGCGACGUUGUUGGGCAGUUGAUUGCGAGUCCACCCUUAGCUGAGCUUCGAGCCACAUCAAACUACGACACCGAUCUAGCUGAGACCGUAGCGAAACUUGUGAACACUACAGUAUCUGAUAUCGUCAAAGUCCUAGACAGCUACACUGGUGAUGAAGCGACGUCACGGCGAGCGGACGAGCUGCUUCAAGUCUUUGCUCCUUAUCUUCUCCGCUUCUUUGGCGAUGAGUAUGAUGAGAUUUGCUCCACAGUCAUUCCAUCCCUAACAGACCUCCUUACCUUUUUCCGGAAAAUCGUCAAAGGGAAGAACACGUUGCCAGCGCACUAUGCCCAAACCCUACCUGCGAUCCUAGAAGCGAUCAUCGGCAAGAUGAAGUACGAUGCCACAGCGUCGUGGGGUGAGGAAGAUGAAGAGACGGACGAAGCAGAGUUUCAAGAACUACGCAAGCGGCUGCACGUUCUGCAGCAGACGAUUGCCACUAUUGACGAGAAUUUGUACAUCGAUACCCUGAGCAGAAUUGUUGCAGAGACCUUCAGCAAGCUUGAAAGCGGUGGCGUUGACUGGCGAGAGCUGGACCUGGCGCUUCAUGAAAUGUACCACUUCGGUGAGCUGGCCGUUAGGAAUGGAGGCCUUUAUCAGAAACGCGAACCAUCUUCCGUCGCAGCAUCACGACUGAUCGAGAUGAUGGCGAAGAUGGUAGAAUCUGACAUCGCCUCCUACCCUCACCCUGCGAUCCAGUUGCAGUACAUGGAAAUAUGCGUCCGCUACAGCUCGUUCUUCGAGCAGAACCCCGCGCUAGUCCCUAAAGCGUUGGAGAAGUUUGUCACCCUGACCCAUAGCAGUCAUGUCAGAGUGCGAAGUCGGUCGUGGUACUUCUUCCUCCGUUUUGUCAGACCUCUCCGUAACCAGCUUGGAAACGUCUCCCAAACGGUCAUCCAAGCGAUCGGCGACCUCCUCACAGUCAAGGCGGAAGUCCCGGAAGACUCCGGAGACGAUGACAUGUCUUCGGACGAGGCCGACAAGUCUGCGGAUGCCAUGUUCAGCAGCCAGCUCUAUCUCUUCGAAGCGAUCGGCUGCCUCUCCUCGCCUCCAUCAGUACCUCUUGAAAACAAGAUACUAUACGCGCAGUCGGUCAUCAACCCUCUCUUCGCAGACAUCGAGCGCAACCUGCAGCGGGCGAAAAACGGUGACGAGCAAGCUCUUCUGCAGAUGCAUCACAUUAUAAUGGCACUGGGCACGCUCGCCAAAGGCUUCAAUGACUGGACACCGGGCGCAUCGGGCGCACCGCCACGGAGUGAGGUCUCGGACGAAUUCGGACGCGCAUCAGAGGCUACCCUGAUAGCAUUGGAGUCCCUGAAGUCCUCCAUGAACGUCCGCUCGGCAGCUAGAUUCGCCUUUGCCAGAUUCCUCGGCGUGCUGGGCGCUCGAGUGUUGCAGCAGCUGCCAAGGUGGAUAGACGGUCUGCUGUCGGAGAACUCGACCAAAGACGAAAUGGCCACGUUCUUGCGGCUGCUGGAUCAGGUGGUCUUCGGGUUCAAGACGGAGAUUUCUGGCAUCCUCGACACGCUUCUAACGCCGCUUCUACAACGGGUCUUCACCGGCCUAGCCGAACCCGUCACAGGCACGGACGAUGAGAUCCAGUUGGCAGAGCUUCGACGCGAGUACCUCAACUUUCUCCUUGUAAUCUUGAACCAGGAUCUCGGGCCCAUCCUGGUCAGUGGCACGAACCAACCCAUCUUCCAAACCAUCAUCUCAACAAUCGAGCACUUCGCUCGCGACCCCUCCGACUACCCGACCGCCCGCCUUGCCAUCUCAGUCCUCACCCGCAUGACCGCCGUCUGGGGCGGGCCAGACAUUCGCCUCCCCACUUCUCCCACCGCUCCCUCAUCCCCAACGCAGCAACGGCAACCUGCACCGGCCCUUCCAGGCUUCGAUCAGUUCGCCAUCACCACAUUCUCCCCCCUCGCGUGGCAGAUUCCGGCGUCACAGGGCUUCGACCCGAGAGACGCACAGGCGAGGCAGGUGCUGCUCGAGCUUGCGGGGUUGCAGGCGGAAAUCCUGAAGAAGAACGGGACCGUCUACCUCGAGGCGCUUAGGGGACAGUUGAGGGGGUCUGGUGUCGACGAGCAGGGCGUGGAGGAGUACGUCAACAGCAUCGUGAGGGCGGGAGAGAAGGCUUGGAAGAAUUUCUUUGUGCAGUUCAUCUCGAGGUAUACGCGGCCGUAA